CGUCAGUAACCAUGGCAACUGCAAACAUUGGCGGAAGUGAAGUUUGUGAGAUGCUUGAGUCAUGUCUAGCAGUAAGGAGCAGGCCUCCAUCAGUCAGGUGAUGUGUUUCCUCCACGAGUGGGAUCAGGGCAGUAAGACGGUGCGCAGUCGAAUGCUAAGUGACUUUCUGGCCAAGAACACUGGAAAGACGUGUCCUGAACUGGAGCUGGAGUUCGCACAAGUUGCCAGCCUGUUCCUUGCUCGGCUCACUGCCUGGAUAAGACUAACUUAUAUGUUUGGUACAUGUCUAGACCUUCAGCUGAGAGCAGUGGGGGUUUUCCUGUCUGCUAACAGCAGUCAUCAGUACAUGAUUGAGUUUCUGGAGGUGGGUGGAGUGCUUACCCUGCUUGAGAUUCUAGGACAAGACAUACUCAAGGAAGGGGAUAAAACAGAGGCUCUUCACCUGCUCCAGAUCAUCGCCAACGCAGGCCAAAAAUAUAAAGAGCUAAUCUGUGAAAGCUAUGGUGUGAAGGCCGUAGCUGAAUGUUUGGCCAAAUCUGAGACAGAGGGGACUCAGGAGAACGCAGCCGCCCUGCUAGAAUCUUUGGCACAUGGAAACCCCAAAUACCAGAAUCAGGUGUACAAGGGCCUGAUCGCCCUGCUGACCUGCACCUCGCCAAGAGCACAGCAGCUUGUUUUACAGAUCCUACGUAUAGUUCAGCCCAUUGUAAAAACAGCCCAUCACAGCAUAGUGGAACCCUUAUUAAAUCUGCUGAGGUCCCUACAUUUAGAAGUGCAAUAUGAAGCAAUAGAACUGAUAACAGAGCUUAUGCAAUCAGAGGUUAGACUGGCUCUGCUCAGGGGUCUGGUGGCUUUUCUCAAACCAACUAAACAGAGAAAUCCCAAACACAAGAUCCUGGAGGAUCCAGAGGUGGCCAAAAUGACUGAUUCACUCCCUGUGCUUCUCCAGCAAGCAGCUUCUGCAAAAACCAUCAGGAUUCUGGCACAGAGAAGUGAAGAGAUAUCCAAAGAGCUGCUCUCUCUCAGAGUGAUCCAUCACUUACUGUUUGCAAUGGGGAACCAGGAACAUGCAGAUUCCCAGAGACAAGCCAGCCUGGCUUUGGAGCAUUUUGUGCGCAUGUAUCCAGUGGUGGAAGAGCAUGUACGCAGAGCAUUGGGCACCAGACUUUUUGAGUCUUUUAUGCACAAUGCUGAUGUCCUACAUUUGAACAUGGAUGACAUUCAAGCUGACAUUUUAUGCUCAAAUAAAGUGAACAUUUCAUGUGUGCUUGAGGAUCAGAAUUCAAAUUCUUGAACACAGCUUUAAACAGCCUUUUUUUUGUUGUUGGUGUUUUGAUCCAUAAAAUAAGGAAUUACAAAUAACAGUCUUCUAUAGCAUAUUUCUUUGGUUCUAUUAAAUAUGGGUUCACUAGAAAACUCAAGCAUUACAUUAUAAAAUAGAUUGUAAUGUCUUUGUCAUGUAAGUAUCAUAACAAAUUAUGCUAACUUUAGCUAAUAACUAAAUUAAACAGACGUGUUGAAUAGGGGAAAAAUGUGCUGUGUAACGUUAGAUAUUAUUGAAUAUUAUAUGGGUUACUGUUUUACUAUGAAUGUUAUUGUAAAAUAUGGUUCCAUUAGUGAGAUAAAAUGUGGUUAUUACGGUUCAGUACAAAUGCAUGGUUAAACUAUGAUUACUGUAAUAAAACCAUACGUUAGUUAAUUUCCGUAAGAGUAUAUGAUUUAUAAUGAUGAAAAGUAAUGAUGCAGUAUUAGGUAACGUUAUUUUAAUUAUUUCUCCACUAACUUUGAAAGCCUCAAAGAGUUGUUUCCUCAAGUCUUUACAUUCGGUAAUAUUCAGUGCUUGCUGUUAUAUUUAUUAUUCAUGUUAGAUAUGCACAAAAAUGAAACCAACUCGAGAUCUCCGCAGAUGAUGCCGCUGUCACACGGUUUCGGGGUUUACAAGGGAACUUUUAAACUGCGCAUGCUCCUUGACCUAACUCACCCCCCCACCCCAAUGCUUUAUUAAUUUAGUCCGACUGGAAAAUAGAUAAUACAUAUUCACAUGAUCAAAUUAACAGUAAAAAAAAAAGAUUUUUAAAAAAUAUAUAAUUUUCAAUGCUUUGAGAGCAUUCUAUGGUUUCAGUGCUUUGUUUGUUUUGUGUUUGCGCCAAGAAAUUUACAUAUAACGUUAACUCAAAGUCAUUUAUAAAAUUUGCAAAAUUUGGUUUACAUCAGAGCCCGUCUCAUAUUAGACAUUCUCUUUUUAGAGAUUUUUACUAUGCUCUUUGACCUUGCGAACAAACCACGCCCGCGCGAUGACGUCAGAUCAUACUCCAGUGUUUUUGGCGAAGGCGGGAGCGCUACAGCUUGUGGGUGUUUUCA